AUGUACAACAACCAAAACCACCGGCAAAACCAUGGCCUUCUAAACGGCGGGGCAACCCACCACAACUUCCAGCCGCAGGUCAAUCUGAACAAGGCUUUCCAGAGCCAGACGCAUGGGCAUCAGGGACACCACCUCAACAACCAUGACCAUAGCGGGUUGGGAAGCCACGGCGCCAACUUCGGCAACCACCAGCACACGAUUUCCGCGAGCACGCUGUCAAACAACACUCCCCACUUCACACCUGCGCACCUUCAAAAUGGCACUCCCGAAACCACGAACUCGCUGGGCAAGCCACCCAAUGAGCACUACGCCGAACAGUUGAGGGAAUACCAGAAGUUGAGGAUGGCAGAGCACAAACCACACUUCUACGCUCGAACUACUUCCUCGGUGAGUAGACAGGUGGCCAACUCUCAAUCCUCGAACAAUCAGCAGAACUCAGGCGACGAGAAUGGCGACCGGCGGCGCAUAGCUGAUCCAGAAGAGGACAUGGGUACAUGGAAUGCAAUGGAUCUGUGUGGCCAAGGUCUACGAGGGAUGGCGCCAGCGCUAUUCAGACACUAUCCAAAGCUACGGAAGAUCUACCUCAACUGGAACAAGCUGCCCACCAUACCACCACAAAUUGGGCAGAUGCGCUAUCUUACGGUUCUGGACUUGUCGAUGAACCAACUGGAUUACCUGCCACCGGAAAUCGGCAUGCUCACGAAUUUGAAGAGGUUGCUACUGUUCGACAACCGACUAGAAGAUCUUCCCUUCGAGAUGGGCUCACUGUUCCAACUGGAAAUGCUUGGUCUUGAAGGAAACCCCAUGCGGCAGGACUACAAGGAUCGGCUUGUGGAACAUGGCCCGCAGGAACUGAUCAGAUACCUGCGCGAACAAGCUCCAAGAUCCACGCCGCCCAUGGACCGCGAAUGGAUACCUCUUACCGAGGAGAGGACAGGAGCAACGCCUGCAGAUACCUUCACAGUACUGAGCUGGAACAUCUUGUGCGAUCGAGCGGCAACCGCAGCCAUGUAUGGUUACACGCCAUCGGAAGCGCUCGCCUGGCAGCAUAGACGAGAUAUGAUCUUCGAAGAAAUGACGGGCAGGAACGCCGACAUCAUGUGUUUGCAAGAAAUGGACAUUGAGAACUUCAACGAGUUCUUCCGACCGAAUCUGGCGUCCGCGGGUUACAAGGGAAUAUUCUUCCCCAAGUCACGAGCGCAGACGAUGGGCGAGAAGGAAUCGAGGAAUGUGGAUGGAUGCGCCAUCUUCUUCAAAAACACCAAAUACAUCCAGCUCGACAAGAAGCAGAUCGUCUACUCGAGGGAAGCGAUUCAACGACCGGACAUGAAGGGUGAACACGACGUGUACAACCGCGUGAUGCCGAGAGAUCAUAUCGCUGUGGUUGCUUUCUUGGAGAACAGGCAGACUGGCUCGAGGCUGAUCGUGGCAAAUACCCAUCUUACUUGGGAACCUUGGCACAGUGAUAUCAAGAUUGUUCAAGUUGCCAUUCUGAUGGAGGCACUGGUGAAGAUAGGAGACGAGUGGGCUCAACUACCGCCAUGCAAAGACAAGGAACUCUUCAAGUACGCGAACGAAGACAGCGCCGAAGAUGUGGAAGAGAUCAAGCCCGAUCAUGCGCCUUCGAUGAAGUACGACGACUCGCGGGACAUCCCACUGGUUGUCUGCGGGGACUUCAACUCCACCCGCGACUCAGGUGUGCACGAGUUGAUAACACAGGGAUCUCUCUCCAACUCGCACGUCGAGCUCGGCAACCAAAAGUACGGAGACUUCACACGACACGGCAUGAACCACCCAUUCAGUCUCAAGAGCGCCUACAGCCAUAUCAACGAGCUGCCUUUCACGAACUACACGCCGGACUUCCGCAAGGUCAUCGAUUGGGUCUUCUACUCAACCAACUCGGUCCAAGUCAACGGCCUUCUCGGCGAAGUCGACCCCGAGUACAUGCGCCGAGUCCCCGGCUGGCCGAACCACUACUUCCCCAGCGACCACUUGCCAUUGAUGAUGGAGUUUGGGAUCAAGGAGCGGAAAGACCGAAAAGCGGUCACAGCGGAGGCGGAUUUCGGAUCGAGGCGCGAGAGUCGGAAUUGA